UUCACUGGUUUGCCGUUAACGCCUGUGAUUUCAUCGCCUGCAGCCAGCGUCCCCUCCAGAGCCGCUGGUGUGUUGUCAAAGACCUGCAAGAUAACAGACGACGCGUUUCAAAGGAGAGAAGACUGAGUCAGGACCGUCAUCCAUCACUUUGAGGACUUUUCACCAAAGCCAGCACCAAACAUGAGCAUGGAACUUGAACUGAAGAAUGUGGCUCUGAGAGCUGGAGAUCAGCUCAAAGUAAAGGGCAUUAUUCUGCAUGAUGCUGAGAGAUUCCAGAUCGACCUCGGCUGUGACCCAGAGGACCUGGCUCUGCACUUCAACCCUCGUUUUAAUGAUGACAUUGAUGGAACUGUUCUCGUGUGCAACUCAAAGACCGCAGGCUGCUGGGGUGACGAGAAAAGAGAAAUACACAACCCCCUACACAAAGGCACUGAUGUCAAGAUUGUAUUAAAACUAACUGGAGACAUGUUUGAGGUGGAGCUUCCUGAUGGACAAGAAGUCAGAUUCCCAAACCGGGCAGACAUGGAUGUGAUCAACUACGUCAGAGUUAAAGGAGACUUAAAGCUCACAUCCUUCAAGAUCUGCUGAGAGACUUUCUGGACUCGUACUGUGUUCAUCAGUUUGAUUAAAAUCAGUGUCAGAAGUAUUAAUGAUAUUAACUAUGACUGUUAAAAAAAUUAGUCUUAAACAGUUGUUGGACCUGAAUCAUCUGUAGCCUUAACGGCCUCUAUUAAAAACAGACUAGAACUGGAUUUCAAUGCUUGAAAAAAUAAUAAAUAUGUUGACG